UUUUGGGUCAAUAACGCCUUGGAGCACCGAGCACACACACCGACCCGUGGCGUGGCCUGUGUUGCAACAUCUCUGUCCACUUCGACUUGUCCUUCUUCCUGAUCUCCGACUUGCAUUUCUCUCGUCUCUCGAUCUCGUCUCGACCGUCUACAUCGAUAAUAUAAUCCCCAGCUUCUUCUUCCAGCACCCACCACACUCGUUGACCCCAUCACAUCGUCAUGUCUGCCCCCGCCGCCGCCGCCGCUACCAAGGACCCUCUCGCUGGUCACCCCGGUCACCUCGAUGAGCACCAGACGGAGGUCCUCGCGCAGUUCCGCAAGGAGCUCACCGAGGAGGGCUUGAUCCCCGCCGACCGCGAGAAGACUGCCAACGAGAUUGUCGGCUACGACCGUUACGAUGACAAGACGCUUCUCCGCUUCCUUCGCGCGCGCAAGUUUGACCUCGCCAAGGCCAAGCUCAUGUGGGAGACCAACGAGAAGUGGCGCAAGGAGUUUGGCACCGACGAGAUCUCCAAGAACGGCUUCCCCUACCCCGAGGCCGUCGAAGUCGACAAGUACUACCCUCAGUUCUACCACAAGACGGACCGGGAUGGACGGCCUGUCUACAUUGAGCAGAUGGGCAAGCUCGACAUUACGGCCCUUUACAAGAUAACUACCCAGGACCGCCAGCUGCACCAUCUUGUCGACGAGUACGAGCAGUUCCUGGGCAAGCGCCUCCCCGCAUGCUCGGAACAGGCUGGCCACCUCAUCGAGACGUCGUGCACCAUCCUCGAUCUCAAGAACGCCGGUAUCUCGACUUUCUACAAGGUCAAGGACUAUGUCUCGGCCGCAUCGACGAUCGGCCAGAACUACUACCCCGAGACCAUGGGCUUCAUGUUCAUCAUCAACGCCCCUUACCUCUUCUCUACCGCGUGGUCAAUCAUCAAGCCGUGGCUUGACGAGGCAACGCAGCGCAAGAUCCACAUUCUUGGCAAGAACUACAAGACCGAGCUUCAGCAGUACAUUCCCGCUGAGAACCUCCCUGUCGACCUCGGAGGCACCUGCCAGUGCCCUGGUGGGUGCUCGCUGUCCAACGCGGGACCGUGGAACAAGACUCUUGCGUCGGCUUAGAACUGGGUAUGAUUUGUAGGCAUGCAGACGAUACUGCGUUAG